GACAUCAACAAAAUAACACACUACACUUCUCAACUAAACAAAAUCAGUGAAAAAUGCCACUUGCAAAAAUCGCCGUGGGAUCGCCGGCCGAGGCGAGCAAGCCCGACGCCCUCAAAGCCGCGGCGGCGGAGUUCUUCUCCAUGCUCAUCUUCGUCUUCGCCGGAGAAGGCUCCGGCAUGGCAUUCGCUAAGCUCACAGACGGUGGCGCCAGCACGCCUUCCGGCCUCAUCGCUGCCGCCAUCGCCCACGCCUUUGCCCUCUUCGUGGCAGUCUCCGUGGGCGCCAACAUCUCCGGCGGCCACGUCAACCCGGCCGUCACCUUCGGCGCCUUCGUUGGCGGUCACAUCACUUUGUUUAAGAGCAUUCUGUAUUGGAUCGCUCAGCUGCUCGGAUCCGUCGUUGCAUGCUUACUUCUCAAAUUCGCCACCGGUGGAUUGGAAACGUCAGCAUUUGCAGUUUCAUCGGGAGUUACAGUGUGGAAUGCAGUGGUGUUUGAAAUAGUGAUGACGUUUGGGUUGGUUUACACUGUGUAUGCGACUGCAGUAGAUCCAAAGAGAGGCGACAUUGGCACAAUUGCGCCUAUCGCCAUUGGUUUCAUAGUUGGCGCCAACAUCUUGGCCGGCGGCGCAUUCGACGGCGCCUCCAUGAACCCCGCCGUGUCGUUCGGCCCAGCCGUGGUGAGCUGGACGUGGAGCAGCCACUGGGUGUACUGGGUGGGCCCCUUCGUCGGCGCCGGAAUUGCGGCUCUUGUUUACGAGGUCCUCUUCAUCAACCAGAGUGACCAUGACCAGCUGCCUGUCGCAGAUUACUAAACACUAUGUUUAGUUAGUUGUAAUUUCAUUUAUAUGUGUGGUUGAAUUGAAUGUCGCUCUCCACUAAUUUUGAGAGAGGGAAGGUAAGGGCUGUGGGUAUUUCAUCUCAUUUUGUAUGUCUUUUAAUUUGCUGUGUUUUAAUUAUGUAAUGUCAUCAAAUGUUUUGAAAUUAUGUCGUGGGGUUUUGUUAA